GUUGUGUCUGUCUGUCUGUUGUGGUUUGUAAGUUAAAAACUUUUUACCUUCAAAUUUGUUAACUAAAAAGAUGACUUGUUUGUGUCACUAAAAAUGUUUGGUUUACAAAUUGACCCCACACUUCUAGUACCCAAAAACAAUGACUUUGUAACCACUUCUCUCUCACAAUCUCUUCAUAAGUAACACUUUUUACGAGUGUUUUUUAAGCCUCUUUGUUUCUUCAUAACUUUUUAUACAUUCAUUGUUCUUUCCUAAUCUGAAUCAAAAGGCAUGAAGAAAAUUAAUCUAUUACUAAGAAAGUGCAAGAGCUUGUCAAAGCAAUUAGGAAGAUCAUCAUCAUAUAGUAGCUUAAGGUCAAAAUCAAAUAGAGAAGAUUUAUAUGAAGAGCAUGGUAUGCAAGAAGAUGAAAAUUGUGAAACUAUAUUUGUUGGUAGCUCAAGGAAACGGUAUGUGAUAAGUUCAAAGUAUUUGAAUCAUCCUCUUCUUGAAGCUUUGAUCAACAAGUCUAAGCAAAAGGGUAGUGAUAAUGAAAAUGUUUUGGUUGUUAAUUGUGAGGUUGUUCUCUUUGAUCAUUUGUUAUGGAUGUUAGAAAAUGCUGAUCCUAAGUUUAGUUCUGAAUCUUUAGAGGAAUUGGCUGAACUUUAUGUGUUCUAAUAAUUUUCAAAAUGCAUAUCUUACACAAUGUAAUGGUUGAGUUUUUUUUUUUUCUUUUCUUUUUCUUUCUUUCUUUCUUAAUUUGAAUUUUUUUGGGUACUGAUCUUAAUUUGUAUCAUAACUUCAUUUAUGUAUAGUGUAUUAAAUGGUUAUGUAAUUGAAU